CCGCGGGACAGGUGUGGCCUGCGCGGGACCCAACCGCAGCGGUAAUUCCACUCCGCCGCCUCAAUUAGUCAAUUAUUCAUCUCGCGCCGCGCGCGUGCAGGGCCACCUGCGGGCCGUUGAGGCCCCAGUGCUCCGGGACUGCCCCGGGGCUCACGACCGCUUCCGAGGAGGGAACGGGGCGCCACUGUACCCAGCUGCAGACCCAUGAACGGCCAUGAGCCGGGGUGAAGCCGCCCAGGAGGGGGGCUGCGAGGCCCAGCAAUCUGGACACAGGCCAAGAAGUCAAGAACUGCUGAAGUCCAGGCCUCCGCUCUUGUAUUGACACCAGUGACCACCCAGCCCAGCCAAAUCAUAUGGCCCUGUUUUCCUGAUGUAUGAGGACUCCUGCGGGCGCCUGAGCGAGCGGCAACCGCCAGCAAGGUCAUGGGCAGCGCAGCCGUGCAGCUGCUGGGCUUCCUGCUCAGCUUCCUGGGCCUGGUCGGCACGCUCAUCACCACCAUCCUGCCGCACUGGCGCCGGACGGCGCACGUGGGCACCAACAUCCUGACGGCCGUGUCCUACCUGAAGGGGCUGUGGAUGGAGUGCGUGUGGCACAGCACGGGCAUCUACCAGUGCCAGAUCUACCGCUCGCUGCUGGCGCUGCCCCGCGACCUGCAGGCGGCCCGCGCGCUCAUGGUCAUCUCCUGCCUGCUGUCGGGCGUGGCCUGCGCCUGCGCCGUGGUCGGCAUGAAGUGCACGCGCUGCGCCAAGGGCACGCCUGCCAAGCCCACGUUCGCCGUGCUGGGCGGCGUGCUCUUCCUCCUGGCCGGCCUGCUCUGCAUGGUGGCCGUGUCCUGGACCACCAACGACGUGGUGCAGAACUUCUACAACCCGCUGCUGCCCAGCGGCAUGAAGUUCGAGAUCGGGCAGGCCCUGUACCUCGGCUUCAUCUCCUCGUCCCUGUCGCUCAUCGGCGGCACGCUGCUCUGCCUGUCCUGCCAGGACGAGGCGCCCUCCAGGCCCUACCGGGCUCAGCCCCGGGCCGGCACGGCCACCGCGCCCGCCUACCGGCCACCCGACGCCUACAAGGACAAUCGGGCCCCCUCGGCCACCUCGGCCUCGCACAGCGGGUACAGGCUGAACGACUAUGUGUGAGUCCCCACGGCCUGGCCCUCCCCAGGCCCCCGAGGGGCGCCGGGACCCAGACUGCCGACCGCUUCAAGGUCGGGGCACCAAGUUUACUUCUGGGCUGCUUUGGUGUCCAAAGGAAUAAUGUGAACCUGAGGAAAAUGGGCUUAGGAUGCAGGGAAGGCAGGGAAAUAAGAUGAGGAGAAAAGCUCUACAUACCAAAGACCAAAAAAAAAAAAAAAUCCUUCCUGUUUUUGUAUUUAUUAUAUGUAUUUAUGUGGGUGAUUUAAUGACAGCUGAAUAAAAAGCGACUUGGGAGUUUGGUCAGUGGGGUUUGUUUGCAAGCCAGGAAUAAACCUUUUGGAUGCAGUUGUCUCUGAAAUGGACAAUAUCCAUGUCUGUUUCCAGACCCUGAUUCUGUCUGCUAAGAUGCUGGUAACCAUAGUCAGCAGGCCUCCGGGCUCUGCCCACACAGGACAGGAGAAUCACAGGAGGGCUGGGCUGAUGUUCAUCCAAAAGGUGCCCGAGCAGCGUCACCAAAAAUGGUCGCCCUAUCCUGGCUCGAUGUCAGAGGCAAGGCAGGAAGUGCCGGGCUUCCUUGAAAAAAAGAUAAUUGCCAUAAACCACAAAAGGACAAUGUCAUUUUCUACCGGGGAGCAGUCGGCCCCCACUAGUAAGGCAGCAAAAGUCAGAAGGAAAAAAAAGGCAAAGUGAAACACGCCUGUUCACUUGGCUUUCCAGGCAUUGGCAAGAGGCCCAGUUAGGAAGGCUGCUCACCCCAAGCACAGAAUGUCACUGGCGUCUUUUCUGGGAACAGAAGUAUGAUGGCAGCUGACAUCAGAGCAGGUACAAGGGCUGCUGACUGCUCUUUUAGCUGGAAAGAACUGCUGCGAGGGCCAGGUGAGGCCUGACCUCUUUAAGGACACUGAAUUUGCUUUCGGGGCUGUGAUCUAAAUCACACACACACACACACACACACACACACGCUGCUCCCCCGUUAGCCCAGGGAGCCUGCUCAUGCCUCUGCCCCAGUCUCAAGCUGUGAACACGGAAGGAAAUACCCUGCCGUGUGGAAGGGCUAAGUCUGAGGUCUGUUACGUGAAGCCCCACCAUUCUCAAGGGGUCUUAGAAUAGGGCCACCAGGGCUCCAUCUGUCACUGUCUGCAGGGAAGCGAGCCACAGAGGGUCAGCCACACGUGGCUGGGCUUACUGGCGUGGCGUGGCCUGGUGAGACUCUGGCCCCAGAAUCAGGGAGGUAGAGGGGAGGCUCCUAGGCAAGGAUUUGGAGGCCAGACGGACCUCACUCUGUGACUCUGGAUCCAGCAAGGCUGGAAGUUGCUUGAUGCUCCCCUGACUUCAUGCCUCCUCCUGACCGGGUCCUCCGGGCCACCGAGAUGGUGACAAGAAGCCCAGCUGCCACGUGCUUCCCAUGUAGGCAGAGGCUCUCACCAGUAAUGUGCGUACACCCCGCGAUCCUCUUCUGAUUCCUUUAAGCCUCACCAGUUACACCUAAUAAACUGCACCAUUGAUGAGAUCUAGCAACAGGAGAAUCUCCUAGUAACAUUGAAAAGUCAGGGUUUAAGGAACAAUCCUACACAUACAUUUUCUAUUUUGUGCUGACCUCUAGACCUCAAGCAACAGGGGCCGCUUCUGUUUGGAAGGAGGGGGUACCACACAUUUUAGCCUCUAUCUAGCCCCGCAGAAGCUAAGAGGGCUGGGAUGUGCCAUCCUAUUUAGGUCAGGGAUUUAGAUCAGAAAGGUCAUCAUUUAUUUAUGAUGAAACAAGCAAUUUUAACCUACUCUUUAAAUUAUAAAAACAAAUCUGAAUCUAUAAAGAAGAGAAACAAAAUCUUCUUAAAACGAAAUGAUAUUCUGGCAAUCCUUAC